CGCGGGCUCCCGGCGGGAUGGCGGCGCGGCGGGUGGCGCGGCAGGAGCGGGACCAGGAGCCGGACCCCGACCCCGACUGGGCCGGGAUGGCGGCGCUCCCCGAGAAGACCGUGAACGGCUGGGUCCUGCAGUUCUACUUCCACCGGGCCAUAGAGGCCUAUCGCUCCGGGCGUAACCGUGAUUUCCGCCAGUUCCGCGACAUCAUGCAAGCGCUGCUCGUGCGGCCCCUGGACAGGGAGCCGGAGAUGGCCCAGAUGCUUCGGAUAAUGCAGCUGCUGUCGCGGGUCGAGGAGGGCGAGAACCUCGGGAAGCGCCGUGACCCCCCUACAAAAGUAUGGAUGCCGAUUCUUAUAGAUUGCACCUUCGACAAGGAGUCAGAGCUGACCCCACUGGAGUCGGCCAUGCUCGUCCUGGACUUCAUCCGUGAGGAAUUCUCUGUGGCCGACAGGACGAUGGAGGCUGUGCAGAAAAUGGUGAAGGAAGCUGCUGUGGUUGUUUGUAUCAGAAACAAGGAGUUUGAAAAAGCUUCUGAUAUCGUCAAGAAGCACAUAGGGAAGGAGCCCAGAAACCAAAAGAAGAGGAAUGAGUGGCUGGCUGUCAUCCGGGAGAAGAACCCCUCUCAUCCAAAGGUCAAAAACUUCUCCUACGAGGACUUCCAGCAGAGCAUCUUUGAGUUCCUGAAGGGCUACGUGGACGACUCGGAGCCAGCGCUGCUGACGUUACUGAAAAAGACCUUGAAUUCAGAACACGCCGACAAAGUGAGAUCCGCGCUAGGGACUUGUGAGUUUGCAGAUGGGCUGAAGGACCAGGCAGCAGCUCCAGAGGCCUCGGGAAGGGCAGAGGGCCCAGCCAGAGCUCCAGAGGCCUCGGGAAGGGCAGAGGGCCCAGCCAGAGCUCCAGAGGCCUCGGGAAGGGCAGAGGACCCAGCCAGAGCUCCAGAGCUUGCAAGGGCAACAGAAGACCUGCAGGGAGCUGCCAGGCCUGCAGAAAGGGCAGCUGGUCCCACGGCAGCUCCAGAGAUGAUGGCAGAAGCCAAUGGUCCUGCAGCAACUGUGGAACCUAUGGAAGUAGUCAGUGACCCAGCAGCAACACCCGAACAUUUAACAGCAGCAUAUGACAUCCUGCAGGGCACUCCAGAGCCUAUGGAAAUAGCUAAAGAACCAGCAGCAGCAACCCCAGAACUCCCCAGAGUGUCCACCAAGGAAUCACAAAGGCAGCCCCCCGGAGCUGUAACCUCAUACGGGAUUUCUGUUCUGAGAGAAGCUUUCAAGAUCCUGUCAAACUCCAGGGACUCGGACGCCCUUUUCAACAAACUGGACGAAACAGACUUGCCUUCCCCCAAGCAACUGUCUCCUUCUGUAUCCCACAGAACCAAGAGAUGCAGAGAAGCGGAGAAUCAAGCUUCUGAGACCUCAGAGCCUCCUGAAAUACCCCAUAAGAUCAAAAACUUGUUCAGCAUAAGCAAUCUGAUCGUGGAUUUGGACGGCUCAUCCAGCAAGUCGAGCGAGUGCCCCGACUCCUCCCAGGAGCACGUGGUCUCUUCCGCUUCCAAACCUCCUCUGAAAUUGCCUGAUGAGCCCUUGUCUGCCCCGAGUGAGAAGUCCCUCCAAGCAAGGUGGAACAGCUCCUGUGGCACGGAGGAGAAGGACAGCUGGAGUGACGAGGAUGAGCUUUUUGCAAAUGCAGCAUUACUUGAGAAAAGCAGUGUCUCCAAGAACUCCAGCUCCAAGAAACAGAAAUGGACCAUGCAGGAGAGCGAGUGGAUCAAGGAAGGGGUGAAGAAGUACGGAGAAGGGAGGUGGAAAGCCAUUUGCCUCAAGUACCCCUUCGAGAACCGCACCCCAGUGAUGAUCAAGGACCGCUGGCGGACCAUGAAGAAACUGGGAAUCCUCUGAAGCUGGGAGCCACGGGAGAUCCUUUUUCUUUUUUUUUGGACCUAUGUUUGUUGUUUGGAAGCUGGACCAGAAAGCUGUCUGUGCCAGUGUGGGCUGCCUCUCUGACACCAAAACCAUGACUGCCAGGAACCCGGGAGCCUUGUGCUCCAGCUGUGUCUGCAAAGAUCAGUGUGCUGCAGGUGGCAGGGGCUCUGAUGCCUCUCUACAUAAAUUUAGAACCGCCUGGAUUGAGACUUCCUUGUCCACCUGACCACUGCAGACUCGGGAAUGAAUCCCAGGUGUUUGCUCUGCUCAGGUGUGAUAGCAGGGUGAUCUCAGAGGUGGAAUUUUGUGUUGUCUGUUCUGUGAAUCACUUGUUUCAUGUUUGCCACCACUCCCUUGUGAAAGAGGCAGCACUGAAUCCUGAGCUUCUGUGGGGAAGAGAUCCAGGUACUUGGGAUUUUUAUUUUUUUUUCCCCCAUUAAUUUCUGCUUUGUAAAUUACUGAUCUGUGGGGAGCAAUUCCUCCCUUCCAGCUGUGAGGCUUUAGAAAGCCAAUUACUUUGUGUUUCAGUACCUGGAACUGUUUGUUCCCAAGCUAAAAAUUUCAGAUGUGUCUGACUUUGGUCAUGUUUUCUUUGCACUUUUCCUGGUAAUAUCCUUGCUGUGUCUGAACUCCAAGGCUGCCACAUGUUCCUGCCUUCGAGUGCCAAAGCUGGAACUGUCAUUUGUAAAAUAAAGUUCUUGUCUAAUAGCAA